AUGGGCCUUUGGUGCUUAGUGGUCAUCAGCUUUCUAGCCAAUAUUCUAGUCCCUACUGGGGCUGGAAAUUUAAAUGUGUGUGGCACCAGACAGUUCAAAUUAGCUGGUAUGGAGCAAUGUCAUAGUUGGCUAAAUUGUUCUGAUCUGAAGAACUUGAAAUUUGGAAGGAGAAUAGAUGCGGGUUCAACUAAAUUAGUCCAUGCCGCAUCAUGGAAUGGUCUUAAUGUUGUUGUUUUGAGAUUACAUAACAUCAACUACAAAUCUGAUUUUGAUCAUGGUCUAGACAUGUUGGAAAAAUAUAACCCUAGUAAGUUUGUUGUACAGUUGAUUGGUACUUGUAAAAAGGCCAGCAUGUUUGCUGCUGAAUAUUAUGAGCUAGGUAAUGCUACCAAUAUCCUAUCAGUCAUUAAUAAAAGAUAUGGUAAUCAAAAUAUUGUUGUACGAUUGAAAUUAUGCCUAAAUUAUGCUCGAUUAUUAGAAUUUCUUCAUGAUGGUCCUGCUGGGACAAGAGUGAUGUGUGAUUCGAAUGACCUAGGAAAGCUCUUAAGCCAAAUGUUGAUCACAGAUGAUGUGGAGCUAGUUCUCAAUGAUUUAGAUGCACUUCCAUUGGUUGAUAGAGAUGCAGGAACUAAAAUUAAAUGCGGGAGUAGAGAAUUAUUUGGAGACUUUGUUGCACCAGAACAAAAGUGGCCCUUUAGUGGGGCCUUCAAAGAUGCUGCAAUGCCUGGAUAUGAUGAAAAAACUGACAUAUGGAAGGCUGCAGAAGUUUUCAAAUAUUUUGUAAGUGACAUUGAUGUGAAGUUUGAGUGGGUUCGGUAUAGAUUGUUCAAUCUGAUAAAAAGUUGUAAAAAUCCUGAUCCAAAUUUGAGACCAUCAGCUAAGUACUUAGUAACUGUGCUGGAGAAAAUUUUAGCAGAAGUGCACUCUGUAAAAACUGAAUUAUAA